CACUGACAAAACCUAACCUACCCAGUAGCAGCGAAAAAAUAACAGGAAAAUAUUUUAAUUUGUAAUGUAAAAAAGCGAAAACUCGCUGAUGCUCUUAUAAUGAAGUCUUUCUUAAAAUUAAAAUCCUUAAGCUGCAUUUCAAAUAAUUGCCGGCAACAUUCGUUUUUAACUAAAAAUGUGAUACAACCUAAAGCAAAAUUGCCAAUUACGCAAAAUGUUUCUAGUCGCUUUUUAUUUUGGGAGCGUGAUAGAAAAGGAGGAUAUGAUACUUCUCAAAAGAUUUCACUAUCGGAACAUUUAAAAGAAGGAUAUAAAGAAAUCAAAGGCGAAUUCAAACUGCUGGGCCAGGAAAUCAAAGCUUUGAUAGAAACUGAUCCACUUCUAGUAGCACGACCAGGAGAGACGGACCUCAUUUGGUGUUUCAACAAGCCCAGCGUGUUAGAGAAGUUCAUAACAACAAGUGACAGUGACCACAACGAGGGUUACAGUACAAGCAAACUGGAAAUGAGUAGUGCCGGCCGCGCGCUGUUCCAUGGAAACUUGGACGUGCGAGUGCCCAAAGAUGGUCGAAUAAAGAAAGCUGGCUACGCGGCAAUGAGGUCACAAAGAAUUAGAAAAUCUUUCAAACGUGAAGCUACAUAUGAUUGGCAUAUAUACAACACUUUAGUAAUAAAGGUAAGAGGCGAUGGACGCUCAUACUUACUGAAUAUAUCUUGUGAAGGAUAUUAUGAUAUAACUUGGAAUGACAUCUAUCAUUAUGUACUGUAUACAAGAGGUGGACCGUACUGGCAAAUUGCAAAGAUACCUUUUUCGAAAUUUGUUCUGGGAUCUAAAGGUAGAUUACAAGACAAACAGAAUAGAAUGCGAUUCGACAAAGUAACUCAUUUCGGUAUCACGUGCGGCGAUAAAAUUCCCGGAAGGUUUAAUUUGGAAAUAGAAUACAUUGGUUUGGAGUUUGACCCAACACACGAUGAAGAAUUUGCAUACGAAAUGUACAAAACAGAUAGAUAUAUUGUUGGCGUGUAG